AUGGAUUCGAGUGUUGCUAUGAGUUGUACUGAUAAUGAUGGUGACAAGGAGGAUGUGAUCAAUGGAGAGAACGACUCAGAAAAGAACAAUUCAAAUGAGAAUGUUAUUGGUUUUGAUACAGCAAGCAGUAACAGCAGCAAUGAUAGUAAUAUGUGUAAUAAGGAUACGACAACAAACGCUCCUAAGUUAUCUUUAGAAGAACAAGUGAACGAACUUGAACGCAAUGUUACUUUUAUAUCUCAUCAGGUGACAUUGCUCAUGAAUGCGCUCCAUGUGCCAGCUUGUCCAUGUGAGAUAUGUGCGCCAACGUAUAAAACUCAAAUGAUGAGAAUGAAAGUGUGCGAUUCAUCGAAAAUACCUUUUGCAUCGUACAGCACUCCGACUGAUUACUGCUGCUACGAUUCGAAGCGAACAAAAAUGUUGUUGGAUGCUUGUUGUUCGACGAAAGAGAAUAAUUACAAUAACAGCAAUAUUAAUUACAAUAAUAUUCAGACGUCGUCGCCGCAAGCACCAUUAUCCCCUUCACCUAACUGCUCAUCAUCGACAGAAUUAAACGUCACAUCGGCAGCAGUUUCACAGAUGACAAGUUUGUUAUCGAAUGUGGAUGGAUGUGACCAAUUGUUAUCACAAAUUCUACUCCAACAACAGAAUUGUCCAAUGAACAGUGGUAAUGGUUUGGCUGGAUUCGUGCAAGCUCUUGCCAUCACUAGCAAUAAUGAUAAUAGUAUUGAUCAUAACAAUAACAGUAAUCAAACGGCUGCCGUUAAUGCCUCACCGAAAGUAUUUUCGUCGACAUCAAACCGAAAUAAUAUCUGCAACAAUGUAUCAUCUGCUUGCUCGUCUUUAUCAUCAAGCACCACCAUAAACAAUACAACAACGAAUAGUUGCGGUCGACGUUCCAAGUACUGUUCAGCUUCUCAGAAGAAAGUUGUUGCAGAGUAUGCCAAUAUUCAUGGUGCUAGCGCAGCAGCGCGAAAGUUUAAUAUACCACCAGCAGUGGCCGCGUAUUAUCAUCGCAAACAGUUCAGACAACAGCACAUCUCAGGACAACGACAAUCAGCAGCGGCACGCGGGUGUGGCAUUGACUCGCCGAGUGUAGCCUCAGGCGAUGAUCUCGAGAGUGAUUGGAGUACAUCUUUGUCGUUCAUCAACAACAAUCAGCAGACCUCUGCUAAUAAUAAGCAACAGCAGCUCGUUCUUCAAUGUGAGCAACACGUAAACAAUAAGUUGAACGCAGCGCAUUGCUCGGGUAGUCCUGGCUUUUUGCGAGGGCGAGGUCGUGGGCGUCCAAAACUGAUUGGUGAUGAAUUGGAUGCGGAAUUGGUUGAUUACAUGGUUCAGGUGAAGCAGUCGGAUCCUCGUGGUCAUUUAACAGCAUCACAAGCGUUGGCUAUAGCGCGCGAUUAUAUUAUGGAAAAGGCACCAGGUUUGCUGCAAGAGCAUGGUGGACAAAUCAAGUUGAAGUUGACGUGGGCGAUGAAACUUGUUUCACGAAUCAGUGAACGUCAGAAAGAGAUUGAACUUGGUCUACCUGCCGGCACUCUCUCAAGAACCGGUUCAGUAACAGCAACAAGUCAUCUACCUGGUGGUAAUUUUAUGGCUGAUAUGAUGGCACAGAAUUUAUUCAAUCAACAUAUGAUGAAGCAAGCAACUGCUGCCUCUUCAGGAGGACGUACAACAGCAGUGUCAGCAACACCGCAAAUACUGAACGUUCGCGAAUUGGAAUUACCGAAGGCGAAUGGAAGUGUGGAAAAGGGUGAAAUUAUAAUGGCGGAAAGAGAUGAGGGGGAUUUUAAAACUACCAUUAUAAAAGAAGAAUCAGAAGGGAAUAAUGGAGAGGAUGACUCAAUUGAAUCGGACAGUGAUGACGACGACGAUGCAAUAAUGGAUGAGCAAACAAUAGAUAAUAAUGAUAGCAUCGAUGAUAAUCCUCUCCAGCUGAAUAUUCAAACGAAUUGUCAUCUCCAACAACAACAAUUUAUUCCGACAAAUGCAUUUUGA